AUAAAAUACUUCACAAUGAUUGAGAAACGAAGACAUUUUUUAAAUUUACUGAAGAACAAAAGUAUCACUUUGUUAUUUGAAAAAUAUUUUUCAAACACUGCCACAAUUAAUAUUGAUGAAAAGACAACACAUUUUGGAUUUAAAACUAUUAAGGAAAGCGAUAAAGUAAAAGAAGUAUAUACAAUUUUCGAGAAAGUAGCAAAUUCUUAUGAUCAAAUGAAUGAUGCUAUGAGUUUUGGAAUUCAUCGCAUUUGGAAAGAUAUCUUUAUUCAAAGGCUUGGACCAACUCAUGGUAGCAAAUUAUUAGAUUCAGCUGGUGGUACUGGAGAUAUUACAUUUAGAUAUUUAAAUUAUUUAAAGAAUACUUCUAAUCAUCAAAAUGUGAAAAGUUCUGUAACAGUUUGUGAUAUAAAUAAUAAUAUGUUAGAAGUUGGUAAAAUUAGGGCUAAGAAAUUAGGAUGGGUAGAUCAAAAUAAUGUUGAUAUCGAAUGGAAGCAAUGUGACGCAGAAGAGCUUCCUUUUGAAAAAGAUUCAUAUACUGCUUAUACAAUAGCUUUUGGAAUUAGAAAUGUAACACACAUUGACAAGGUACUUUCUGAAGCAUACAGAGUACUUACACCAGGUGGUCGGUUCAUGUGUUUAGAGUUCAGUCAUGUGCAUAAUGAUAUUUUAAGAUGGUUAUAUGAUCAAUAUUCAUUUCAAAUAAUACCUGUAUUGGGUACACUUAUAGCAGGAGAAUGGCAACCUUAUCAAUAUCUUGUUGAGAGUAUUAGGAAAUUCCCAAAACAAGAAGAUUUUAAGGAAAUGAUUGAAGAAGCAGGCUUUAGAAAUGUAGUGUAUGAAAAUUUGUCAUGUGGGAUAGUAACUAUUCAUUCAGGUUUUAAAUUAUAA